UGGACCUUCAAAAGAUCGACCGUCCCACGACAAAAGGGCCUAACUGCAAAUGAGAGCCUCUCUUUGUUUACUUUCUCUUUUGAUUAUUACGGAACCAUUAUUGCAAAUUCUCUAAAGUUACCAAUAUGAAUCGAAAGCUUGUAGUUUUACCUUGAAUGUUUUGUGAAGAGUAAAGCGUCAAAUAUAAAAUCAGAUCAGUAAAUCGUGAAAGAAAAAGUAAACAAAGAGAAACUGUCAUUUGCAGUUAGGCCCUUUUGUCGUGGGACGGUCGAGAUGUUCACAACUUCUCUAUUCUAUACUCUGGCACCUUCAAAAUAUGUUCAAAACAACAAACAUUAACAGGCUGUUCAUAAAAAAUGUUCAAUAAAGAAAUCAAAGCAAGAAAACCUAUACGUCAUGAUAAAAAUGUAGAACCGUCUGAAGAGCCUAAUUCUGCUCCAAAUACACCUGACAGCACAAUCGAUAGCAGUAGCAAAGAGUUGUUAAAUGUUUCAAAGACUAGCAGUAUCGAAGAUGAUGAUACGCCAUCCGAAGUCGGAGAUAAUGUAGAUGAUUCCAAUACUGGUAAACCGGAAAAAACAGUUAUAAAAGAAUCAAACCCCCCCGAGAAACCGGAAAAAACAGUCAUAAAAGAAUCAAAUAUUAAUUUAUUCAGUCUAAUUCUGAAAAAUUCGGUGUAUAUUGGAAUUGUCGUAUGUAUAUUUGCGAUUCUGCUACGCUUUUACACACAGAAACCGAUCGAAUCAGCAAAGCAAUGCACACCUUUAUUACAACUCGCUUCAAAAUAUCCAACAAUUGACCAAUUGACUUGGAAAAUAUUGAAUGUGAGCGUGAACCGUGCUAUCUACCAUGAUCCAGGCGAACCGGCUACAUUCAUAUUUCUGUACAAUUCAUCUGUAAACGGAGAGGCUCUGCUGGAGGAUGUUACUGGUAUUACUUCGAAGUGUUUCGGUGAUCGCAAACCAAUCCAUCUCGAAAGCAAAUACUUCCGAAAAACAGAAAUUAUCCAAAACCCAAACAUAUUUUUCGAGCAAUAUCAAACCCGCUUGAAAGAGGAGGGAAUAUUGGUGGUGCGGGAUUUAGAUCAAAUACCAGGAAGUGCAGCGCAAGUAUUUUUUACCAUUUGCGAUUCAGUAGAAUCUCUUAUCAACAAAGCAGUUAUAUUUUUCACAAUCAACAUCUCUCAUCAACCUACUAGUGUGAUAAAGAGCAAGCGCAAUCCAACACAAAUUGCAGAGGACAUUCUAAAACAAAUAUGGAGCACUGAUUUGAAUUCGAAUGAAUUAAAUCCGCUGGUGGUGCGCCUGACAGAGAAUGUAUUCAAAAUUGACUGAAACAUUUAAAGAGUUGGUUUCGUUAUAUUUUCACAAUUAUUAUCAAUAAAAUUGCGUAUGAAAA